GAGCGCGCGCUGGGAAGCCGGCGGCCGUUGCUCGAGGACUGGCCCGUCCUUCGGACCCUCUGCAGCCCUCCCCCCUUCCCACGCAGGCCGCCUCGCCCGCCCGUCCCUCCCCAGCCCGGGGAGAUGGCGUCCCUUCCGGAGGAUGACCUUACGACACGGACCUUGCUGAAGCGGGUGCUGGCCACGGAGCCUCCCCACACCCCGCUGCCCGUUCCUGGCCAUGACCGAAAGCCCAAGCUGGAGACCCGCCGGAGGAGCCUGCGUCUCAGCGGCCCACCCCUUCCGCCCCCUGAGACCCCCGCCACGUCGUCUCCCUCCAUGACGCUACGCAACAGGAUGAAGGAGAGAGUCCGGCGCUCGAUGAGGAUCACGAGGGCCUCCUCCUCUAGGCCCCCGGAAUCCCAGGCCAGUAGCAGGCCCGCCCCACCAAGGCGAGACAAGAUGGACGAAGAGACUCCCAGGACCAUUUUGAGGAACAUCAUGCAGACGGCCCCAGAAGCUUCCAUGCUAGUGCCCAACUCCCCAGCACCAGCAGUGGAAGAAGUCCAGCCCCUACAGGAAAGCAGGCAGAGCAGCCUGGACCUGCAGCUGCCAGAGCUGGAACCCCUCGUGCCAAUGGCUCGGGCACAGCUGGGCACUGGCCGGAAACGGAGGAAGUUGAGGCUGUCCGAGUUUGAGCGCGGAGUCGACCAGGGCCUUGCUGCUUCUGUGGGAGCCCCCAGUCUGACGAUCCCUGCUGAGGAGCCGUUAGCCUCAGCCAACACGUCCUCACUGACCAAGUCAUUCAACCUGUCUCUAACGGCCCUUGUGCUGCCCGAGUCCGUGAAAAGACCCGGGUUGGCCCGGAGGCCCAGAACUCGCAAGGCCAUCAGCCUGGAAGCAUUUGAGCAGGGGCUGGAGAAGACCCCCCUGCCCACGCAGGAAGCCGCCCAGGCAGCCUCGGCCGACUCGUGGGUGGUGGCGGACACCCUCUUAGGGGAUACCCAGCUGUUCCUGCAGGCCUCUCCCUGGGAUCAGAGCCGGCCCCACCACUCCCAAGUCCAGCCCGCCGGCGAGGGGAAGCAGGACCCAGACAAGGCUGACGCACACCAGACCCGAAGCCCGAGUUCUGCCGCAUCCCGGCUGAGCCCAGCCAGACAGGUGGACGGUGCCUCCAGGAGCCUGGACGGGGCUCAGGUGAGCAGACAGAGCCUGGGGAUCAGACACUCCGCUCGCUUUACUCCCACACGGAAUAAGGACAUCAGGGAAGCUGGAGCGGAGCCCGGCCACCGUAGCGGAAUGGAGCUGGCAGCGGUGGGAGAGCGGGAAGCACGGGCAGUAGAGGAGGAGGGCCAGGUGGCAGGAUUGGCGGGGAAAGGCAAGGCGGCACCGUUGGCAGGGGAGGAUGUAGCGACGACAGCGAUGGGGGAGCGCGAGGGAACACCUUUGGCAGGCGAGGACGGGACGAGCGCGGUGACGGGGGAGGGCAAGGCGGCAUCACUGGCGGAGGAGGACGAGGCGCACAUCUUGGAGGCAGAAGAAGAGGCCGAGGUUGCAGAGUCGGUAGAGGAGGAGAAAGAGGGGGAGGUGGUGUCCGAAGAAGACGGGGCGACGGUAGAGGAGGAAGAGUCUGAGGAAGCAGAGUCAAUAGAGGAGGAAGAGGGGGACGAGGUGGCAGCCAUGGGAGAAGAGGAAGAUGAGGUGACGCCGUUGGUGGAGAAGGACGAGGCGGUGACAGUGGGGGAAGAGGAGGAUGAGGCGGUAACGACGGAGGAGGAGGCCGAGGCAAUAGAGGAGGACGAGGUGAUGGAGGAGGACGAGCCAGAGCCACUGGUGGAGGAGGAUGGGCUGGCCACCACGGAAGAGGAAGAGGUGGAAACCGAGGCAGAGGGAUCAGAGGAACAUACAGGAGCCGUGCAGGAAGCUGAGAUCUCCUUGAAGACCCCAGCAUUCAUCCAGGCCAAACGACAGCAAGCUUUUGCCCCAUCAGCUUCCCCCAGCCCUGCCAGGUCUCCCCCGAAAAGCUUUCCAACCAAGCAGGCCCGAGCCCGAGGCCCUGCCCGAGCCCCCAGACCACCUCGAACCCCAGGCUCGGCUCUGUUGAGCCACUAUGCCAAGAUCUUCGGCUUUUACGCUAAGAUGCCCGUGGAGAAGGCUGCCUACAAGGUGGUGGAGAAGAGCCUGGACCGCUACUUCAGGCAGCUCGGGGAUGACCUGGAAGUGUUUACCAGCCACGCCGGUCGCAAGACCGUGGAGGCGGAGGAUCUGGAGCUGCUCAUGCGGCGCCAGGGCUUGGUGACGGACGAUGUCUCCCUGCACGUGCUGGUGGAGCGUCACCUACCCAUGGAAUACCGCCGGCUGCUCAUCCCCUGUGCCACCAGCGGCAACCGCGUCAGCCCCGCCCUGGGACAGCGGAAACUGUGACCUUCCCCCGCCUUCGGGCUCACCUACAGACACGGGGCUGCAGCUGGGCCCCUCGCCCCAUCCCGCUCCACCCUUACAGCAGUGAGGGUGCAGCCACAGGUUACUGUGCCAGCUGGUGAUGGAUGGGGAGCACCUCCAUGCCUCUGGGCUGUGCCCCACCCCGCCCCCGGGCCACUGUGUAUAAAGUUAAAUAAAGGUGAUGGAGAGCAUCUUGGUG